CAAAGGCUCUGCCAGUUCGGUUACUCUCUGCAGCCCAGAGCAGACCAGGCUGAGAAGGACUGAGCUCAGCCCCUUGAGGAGUGAGGCAGUGAGAUGGCGGACGGCUGCACAGAGCAGGAGAAGGCGGUUGCGGUUCUGGUGGAAAACUUCUACAAAUAUGUGUCUAAGUACAGCCUGGGCAAGAGCAAGAUCAGCAAGAGCAGCUUCCAAAAGAUGCUUCAGCAAGAGCUCAACCACAUGCUGAUGGACACGGGGAAUCGAAAGGCUGCUGACAAGCUCAUCCGGGACUUGGACGCCAACCACGAUGGAUGCAUCAGCUUUGAUGAGUACUGGACCUUGAUAGGAGGCAUCACCAGCCCCAUCGCCAGCCUCAUCCAUGAGCAGGAGCAGCAGAGCAGCAGCUAAAGUACUCCCACCGUCCCCUCAUGGCACUGCCCCAAUGCCCGGCCCCUCAUGCUCUUCUCAGCCUCCUGCCCACCCAGGCUCUGCCCUCACUUCUCCCUCCAGACUUUCUGUUCCUCAUUGCUGAACAGGGGGAGGGGGUGAUAUCAGGGCCUCUUUAUGAGCAUCUCACUCUGGGGGGUGCCUACCUCAGGGUUUCAGUCCCUGGAGCCAGCAGGCCCUGGGCGCCCAGGCCCUCAGUACUGUUUGGGGAACCCAAGAGUUUCCUAAGCCCAUCUACCCUUCCAACAUCUCCCCCACAUACACCCUGGGCCCUCUGUCAACUGUAACUGAAAAACAAUGAAAAAUGGCCAAAAAUUAAAAAAAAAUGUAAGCGUGGUCGGUUCUAUCUACUUCCACCUGCAGGGACAGGGCGACCAAGGCUCCUAGCAAAGACCCAAGCCUGGGGAGGGAAGAAAUCCAAGGGCCAUUUCCAGCAACCAGGCAGCUG